GGGCGAUGGGGGAGAAGGGUAGGAGCCCAGCACAGAUUGUGGGGAGCUCUAGGAAGCCAGAGGCCAGAGUUGGAGGCCUGGAAUGCAACAGGUGGCCAGGGGGCUGGCGGGGGGCCUCUAGAGAGAUGCUGAGGGGGUCCCUCUGCCUGCCUGUGGGAGUUGUACUUGGGGGAACCUAGAUCAGAGUUCAGACGGGAGAAGCCAGGGACCUGAGCUGGGGCAGUGCUGCAGGGCUGGAGCAGGGAGACUUGGGCCGAGGCCAGUCGGCCAGGGUCAGCUAGUGGGUGUGGAUGGAGAGGAGAGGCCUUGGGGGUGAUUUCUGGGUGAAUAAUGUGGUGAGGUCAUUACCUGAGCUGGAGACGCAGGGCAGGUGUAGGGACUGUUGGAUGUGUAGACUGUCAGGUUUUCCAGGGGACGAGCCUGGCUGGAUGUGGAGGUUGGGCUGGUUGAAGCCCUGGGCGGCAUGAGAUGGACAGGACUCUACCGGGGAACCAAGGCAGGGGGACCACCACAAGUGCGAGGGGAGCAGGCGUGGCCAGGGGCUGGGUGGUGAGAGCGAGGGGCCCCGGGCAUGGCCAGCCAGGGCGGUGUGGUGUUCAGCCUGCCGUCAGCCCGGCAGCCGCCUGAGUCACCUCUGGACGUAGCCAGGAUGACACAGCUUCCUCAAACUGCAAAGGUGACCAGAUGUCCUCCAAGCCCGGCAGUCAUAUCUUGCCGGAGGGCAGCCAGCCAGGGGCAGCCUGCAAGCUGGGUGUAGGCCGCGUGGUGGGGUGCACAGUGAGGCCCUGUGGGACGGUGUCUAGAGUGAGCGGGGUGGUAGGAGCCCUCCUGGCUCUGGGAGCUGUCUGCAGUCGGGUGACAUGUGCUUGUUUGACAGGUGCCUGCUGUGUCGGCUCUACCAUGUGUGUGGCCAGCAGCUGGGAGGGGCACUCAGUUUUGGGUCAUUUGUGAAAAGGGCCCCCCAAGCCUCCUAGAGGUGCCACAUCAUGGUGGUGAGGGUCAGUCGCUGCGCUGCGGCCUGGAAUCGGGGCCUGCUCCCCUCGGAUGGAACCCCUUCCCUCCUCCUUGGUCUCCCUACUGCCCCUUCUGGACCUGCCAUCCUCAGAGACCUGGGAGAAGGGAACGGAAGGGGCACUCCGUCUUUAUCUGGUCGGCUGGGAGGGUGAUGGGCGGACUCCAGGACUGGCCACCGCCGGGCCUCCACCCUGAGCAGGAACAGUGUUCUGAGAGCCCACCUGUGCUGAGCCCUGGGUUCUGCUUCCUGCCCACAUGAGGCUCAGCGUCUAGGCUGGGUGGCUGCUUGUUUAAUCUCGGUAAGAACUGGAGCCCUUUGAAACCAUAAACCUUUUCUGCUGGAUUAUCUAAACCUAGGGCUGUCUGGAUGGGGUCAUGCUCCCAUCAGCCACCUAGCUUUAUUGAUGGAGAAAACGUCCCCCUGGGGUCCCGAAGCUGGGUCCAGCCCAGCAAGGGCUGGGGGACACCAGGGAUGGCCAGAGCUGCAUGCCACUCCAGACGAGCCGAGUCAACGCAGUGGGCGAGCGGUUGACGUUUGCUGGGAGUUAUAAAGUGAAAAGUGACCCAGAAGGGGUCUGAGACCCUGGCCUCCAGCUCACCUGCCUCCUGGAAGGGUAGUCCCGGAUUGUGGAACUUGGGCUCCCUGGCCUGCCCUCCAGGAUGCCCCGGGAUGGAAUUCCUGCUCUGUUCUUACGGGGCCCAGAGGGGAGGGAGACCCGGCUCCCUAAUUUAUUCCAAACUGUGCAGCCACCGGAGUUGACUCCAUCUGGGCUGCUGGUGCGUUUCCUUUUCUUUUAGAGGAAGCGGUCUUUCCUGUUAACCUUGCUUAGAUGUACAUCAGAAUGAAGUUUCAGGCUUUGGGUUGAAAACCAACCUCUUCAGAUAGAGGAGAAAUUGUCUAAAAGGUAUUCCAAGUGAUAAGUGCUGACUGCAGACUUUCUGGAUCAACUUCGUCAGGGCCUUGGGAGGUGGGCUGUUACUCUCAGGUGUGUGAGUCGCCCACACAGCGGCGGUGCUGACCCGCCUUCCUGGGACCCCGGCCUGGUACUGGGAUGGAUGCAGGCUCCCUGCGAGGCGUGAGUUUCGUUCCUUGAUGGACGUGGGACAGUGCCUGGAGCACCCUCACAGGACGCUGCCGGAAGGGCAUUUUUUGGUGCUGACCAGUUGCUGAUGCUGUAAUGCUGGCAGUAGGCCACGGUGGAAGGGGCAGUGGACUUCACGGCGCGUUCUCGCAGCCCACAGCGUGCCGGCGUGGCCCGGCCCCUCACGACCACAGUCUCUAACCCCACCUGUGUGCUCUGAGGGCUGCUGAGGUCGCCGAGGUUCAGCGGUUUACAAAUACGUGUUUAGGGCUGUUGUAUUAAAACCAGCUGUAUUGCAAACUGUUGUCUCGCAGAACUCCGAGCUUUCCCAAAGCAGGCUGUUGUUGUUCUAACACUUGAGGUGACUUCCUGUGGACACUGUGUGUAGUUUGGGUAGAGAGGUAAGUAACGGCGCCUUCUUGUCCACGUGCUGAGCUCGGGAAGAGGCAGGAAGCAGUCGCGGGGGGCAAGCCCUGGCCCUGCAGUGACUGGGGGUCGUCAGGGCUGGGGCGGGAGCACGGCCGAGUCUGCCAGCAGUUUGUAGAGACCCGUGGAGCGGGUCCCUGAAAGUGGGCAGACGCCGACGGGUGAUGUUCCUGAAGCAGUGGGGGGCGUACGAGCAUGGAGCCAGGGAUGGUGUCUGCUCCUGCCAGGGGCUCCCCGUCUCCCCUUGGCCUCUGCUGCUUCAGUGGGGUCCUGGUGCAGGCCCAGAAGCCCUGGGGGGCUGAGAGUAGAGCCCCAAGUCAGGGUCUCUCCCGGCAUCACCACUUGGCCCAGCUGAGGCCUUUGGAAGCUGGACAGGACCCUGGGGCCCCUUGGUUCUGACCCCUCAGUCUUUCAGAAGGAGAUUAAGACUCAGAGAGAAGAGGGUUUACUUAGUGAUCCCCCAGCUUGAUCUGGAGAUGAUGGCAAGCAGCACCCCUACUUACACAUGUUCGUUUUCAGGCCUCAGUUUCUCUCCUUAAACUGAAGGUCUGAUGACUAAAGGCGGCCUGAGGUCAGACCCCACCAUGAUGACCUCAGUACAGAGAGGGGAGCUCCUCACUUGGACCCAAGUGGGAGGGAACCCUGGGCCCCUCUGAAGUCUCUGCCCAGGCUCCUCACCUGGGGUACUGGGCCCCCAGAAGCCAAGGGAGGUGGGUGAGGUGGGUGUGGCAGGGAGACACCCUCCGGGGCCUGUGUGGAGGAGAGGGGGCCAAGCCCAUGAGUGCCGAGGCCCAGGCCUGUAAGCACCCUGGUGACCUCGCAUCCCGCCAUGGGGUAACCCUGGCAGGUCUGCAGAGGAGGUGUCGCUGCCCUGAACUCUGCCCCAAGGCCCCCUGUCCUGGCUGAGCUGGUUCUAGGCACCGCUGCCUGUCGGGUCGGGGUCUGCGUGAGGCCCCCUCUUCGCUGGGGCCUUCCUUUCCCUCCAGCAGCCCCGCAGGCCAGCUGGCAGAGCGAGCGGGUCCCCGGGUGGGCGGGGCCUCAGGUCUGUGGGAAUGUGAGCUCUCGCUCUGUAAACAGCUGGUGACUCACCGCACAGCUAUGCCUGGCGGCUCCAGGCCCUCGUGCGCUGACGUGCUCACGACCGACCGGGUUGCGAGUUGGAAUGGUACCCGCCACCCCUCCUUGCUGGACAUGGAAAAGUUUCUCAUGGCUCCCGCCAGCCUCCUGCUGCCUUCCCCAGGGGGGCUUUGACCCCAGCACAGAAGGGAGGGGAGGGCCCAGGGCACUCAUUGGGUCCCCCCAGAUGCCAGGGAUCCAAGCGCUUUUGGGAAGCAGCUCUCACCUCCCUGCUAGGAUCGCCCCAAACUGUUGCCUGUCCGUCUCGGGCACGUGUGUAACCACGUGAGGGUGCAGAGCAGCUCUACCGGCCUGGCCCUGCAGCAGUCCUGCCCCCCCAUUGCCCAUCCUUAGUGUCCAGCACUGGCCAUGGUGCGAGGGGCGACCGGGGGUUUGCGGGCUUGGGUGCUGAGCCCCUCUGGCGGUGAGGGGCCAGCAGGCCCACAGGCGUCGGAGGCAGGGCCAGUGGGCAGAGGGUCCGGGAGGUACUACAGCGAGGGUCCUGGGGCUGCGGGCGCGGGAAGGCGAGGCAGAGACCACCCACCGGCCUGAGUCUUGCUCUCCCUAAGAUGGAGGCUUUGAUGCGGCACUGUGUCUGGGGCCCAAGGACCCUCCUUGGGUGCGUUUCUCUGUUCCUAUUGCUUUGUUCACCUUGUCUGAUAUUUGGAACAUCGGAGACAGACCCUGAUCCUGUAAGCUGACGACGCAGUGUGCGCGUGAGUCUGGUACCUGUGCCCCCUGCUCCCCAGCUGCUGGGGCACGAGAGGUUUGUUUACUGUCCCACAACCUUGUGAUGUCUGCACUCUCGGCCCAAAGCCAUUGUUGCUGUGGGCUUCUCUGUUUCCAUGACGACCACUGGAGGUUGGCUCCGUCCCAAGGUCGCCAUGGCAACUAUCAGAGGGGAAUCAUGCUUGGGAUGCUUUGGCUGGCUUUUUCAUGAAUGAUUAGAAUGUGUGACACAAUGCAGACACACGAGAAUGAGAAGGGCGGGCGGAGGGGCUGGCGGGGCUGGCGGGCGGCCGGGACAGCUCCCGCCAGACAGUCGGAGAGCUCGGGCGGCGGCAGCUCUCCACCUCCCUGUCCCGGUCCCCCUGGUCGGUCCCAGGCUGGCGUAGGGAGCCCCCGCCCACCCUUUGGGUCUCAGGUCAUGGCUGUGGGGCAUCCCAGGUGGAGGCGGUGAUGUCACAGCUGCAGUGCCCUUGGCAGAGUUACAGUUUCCAAGCAGUUUUGUCCGGGUGACUGUGCCCAGGUUAUGACGACUAAUCCCAAACCGAACAAGGCAUUAAAGGUCAAGAAGGAGGCGGGCGAGAACGCCCCGGUGCUCAGCGACGAUGAGCUGGUGUCCAUGUCGGUGCGGGAGCUGAACCAGCACCUGCGGGGCCUCACCAAGGAGGAGGUGGUGCGCCUGAAGCAGCGCCGGCGCACGCUCAAGAACCGCGGCUACGCCGCCAGCUGCCGCAUCAAGCGCGUGACGCAGAAGGAAGAGCUGGAGCGCCAGCGGGUGGAGCUGCAGCAGGAGGUGGAGAAGCUGGCGUCCGAGAACGCCAGCAUGAAGCUGGAGCUGGACGCGCUGCGCGCCAAGUACGAGGCCCUGCAGACCUUCGCGCGCACGGUGGCCCGCGGGCCCGUCACGCCCACCAAGGUGGCCACCACCAGCGUCAUCACCAUCGUCAAGUCCCCCUCCGUGCCCUUCUCGGCUGCCUCCUAGUGCUGGUGUCGGGGUGCCGGGCGGACCUCGUGCUCAUCGGAGGGUCCCAUGGGGACAGACCCCUUAACACCCGAGUCGGAGCACAGAGCCCGGUGGGGCCGCGGCUGUGGAUGCCGGAUGAACCGCAGGGCCUUGUGAGCCCGUGUGCCGCUCGCCUCCCCACGCACACGCACACACACAUGCACCGCCUUCCUCUGGGCCCUGCCAGCUCUCCAGACCGUCUGCUUUCAGGCCUCUUGAGUCUUGCCCCAGGGGAGUGGGCAUGUGUGGAGGGAAGGCCCUCGGAAGGGUCUUGGCCUUGGGGCCCAGUGGCAGGGGCUGCGUCUUCCACCCCCCCCUUAAGCAGCCUGUCAUCACACAUCAGCGCGUCUGUCCCCUGCCGUGGCCCGCCAGCCAGCACAGGAGCCCCGUCACUGCCAUGACUGAGCUCUGGGGCCCAGGAGGAGCCGUUUGUUCCCGGUGUCAGAAUACACCGUGACCCUGCUUCGGCGUUAGCCAGUGGCGCACCCCAGGAAGCCGACGGAGGAGGGCUGCCGGAGUCCGCCACGCCAGUCACCACAGCACUGGGGGCCUUGGAGAAGCACUUCUUCCCUGUGGGGCCUGUGAGAGUCGAGUGAGUGUCGGGGUGAGCGAAGGAAGUCCCCAGUGUGGAGCAAUAGUGGGCGCCCUGCUGUGGCCCACAGAGCCCUGGGAAGGUGGGGCUGGGAGGGGCAGGGGCGCAGGUUCCGGGUGGGAUAGGCGUGAAGUCGGCGGUGGAGCUGGGUGGCGCACGGUUCCUGCUGCUGGAGGAGACACGAGAGCAGGGUGCCGGGUGGGGGUCGAGGAUGACGAGGGCACUGGGCCGGAAGGGCGUGCGGACCAGCAGCUGGAUGGUCUGGCAGCACAGAGGACAGGGGCUCUGUAACCUUGGUGCUUCAUCAUCGCCUGGGGCCUUCACCUGCCCUUUUGGGCACUUGGAGCCAUGAUACCCUUGGUAACCUUUGCUGGGUUUUCUUCCCGGAGAGCUGCUGCAGGGGUCCCCCUGUGCCAUUCUGAGAAGGUGCUGGGGGGGCCUCAAGCCCCAGCCCCACCACUGGCCUGAGGCUGCUGGGCUCCAGCCCCCACCCAGUGAGACCCCCAGCAAGCUGCAAAGGAAGGGGCAGAAGAGCGGCCCCAGGGCUUCCUCCGUCCUGCUUCUGCGUCUGUUGUCAGCAGCGGACAGAAGGUGCUGGGCCUCGGGGAAGGCAGUGGUCUGGGCCGCGCUGGGUCCUUACAGAGCAAAGUCCCGCUGUGUAGAGGAAGCUGUCGGUGCCAUAGCCGUGGUACGUAAUCCACAUUGGAUAUCAAUAAGGGCCGUGGGAGAUAUUUAAGAGAGAGAAGUAUAUAUAUAUAUAUAUAUAUAUAUAUAUAUAUAAAAGUAUAUACACGUUUUAUCGUACAGAUUUUUUGUACCUUUUUCCUGUUUGAUACUGUAAAUCUAGAGCAGAGCUGCAGUUUGGGUGGGAGUGGGAGUCAUCACCCUGUCCCAUGUCCCAUGUCCGCUGGCUGGCAGCUCCCUCGAGGGAGGCUGGGCGCCCCCCCUGCUCCUGUCUUCCGCCGGCUCUUCCUUACAGGGUCCCGCCGACGGCGCUAGGCUCCCGGGGCCCUGGCCAGGUGCCCUGCUUGGCGGCUGCCCUGGCUCCCCAGAGCGCCCUGUCCCGAGAGUCCUGGGCGGGCAUGCGCUGGCUGUGGGCCCCUCUGCCCCUAGACUGAGGGGACGCCUAUCGCCCGGGGCUUUGGGCCAGGCAUCCCCCUUCCCGGGGACCAGGGGCCACAGAAGGAAGACGGGCACAGUCCCUCAUGUGUUUCCUCUUUUCCUUUCAGAUCAUUGGAAUUUCAUUGUCACAAUUUAAUAUAUGGAUUUUUUUAUUUAAGAGUAAAGGCAAGGGCCUCUGUUGUGUGGGUUUGUUUUUGUCUCCUGUGCUUCAGAUCGCGAGUCCUUCCCCGAGAAGGCAGGCCGUCGCCUCUCCCCGGCGAUAGGGCCUCCGUUUGUAAGCUCAGCACCCGUCUCCCUUGCCUCUAGCCGCUCAGCUGUUUCAUUUCAAUAUUUAUUUUUGUGCUGCUUUUAUCAUGAUAUAAAUUAUUGAGAAGAGACCCUAUGUGGUGGCCCUUGUUCGUAGGGCACAUGCCCUGCACCCGCCCCGUCCCACGGCUACCACCUAAUUUAUUGCUGUACAUCUCUGCUGUGAUGCUUUUGUACCUUUGCAAUAAAGAGUUUUCUGGUUUCAGAUCCA